AUGGAACGAGAAAUUGACUUCUCCCAUAUACUCAACGGCGAUGGAGGAAAACUUAUAAAAGAAUAUGCCAACCUAGAUCCCGAAGAAUUAGAGAAACACGUGAAACACAUUGCCCAUCAAGCCUGGGCCAUCUCGAAGUACCCCUGUUUCCGACACUAUGAGUUUCUCUAUUCCGCCCUAUCCCAUUCUCUCCUGUACGAGCAAAUCCUAGCUCAAACCCGAGCAGGAAACCUCUUUCUAGACCUAGGUUGCGGCCUAGGACAAGACAUUAGACGUUUAGUACAAGACGGCGCUCCAUCAGCAAAUCUCAUCGGAUUGGACUCGACAGAAGAAUUUAUCAACCUGGGGUUCGAGCUGUUCGAUGACAGAUCCAGGCUAGGGUGCACGUUUAUAGUUCAAGAUUUCUUCGAGGACACCCCGCAACUUGAUAACUUGGUUGGCCGCGUUAAAGUGAUCAAUUCCAGCUAUUUCAUGCACUUGUUUGAUUGGGAUACGCAGCUACGUGUUGCGAAGCGUAUGAUGAGCUUUCCAGGAGAAGGGGGCGCUCAUUACUGGUUUUAA